UCUGCUGAAGACAGAAUGUAUCGAAAUACCAUUCGGAGGAAUCACAUUCGCAGGAUUGGAAGAUUUUUGGCAGACAAGUCCUAUUGUCAGCGGAGCAGGAGAGAUAGCAACUUUGGCAGUAUCAGUGAAAUCAACGCUACAGCCAGACAUGCAGAUUUCGAGUCUCAACCCCGCAAUUCGCAGCAUGGGUGACCCGCAAUUCAUGGGAUUCGUGGAUCACAUUGGAGAAGACUGCUCCGGGAAUCGACAGAAUCUCGCACUCAUAGCAGCGACUACAAACGUCGACGAUAUCAUUAACUUCCUCUUCCCACCAAAUGUUCUCAAAGACGCUGAAACCUGUCCCAAAAAUGUCUAUGUCGAUGAAUUCAACGACAAAAUUCUGGGCAAAUUGCCGGGCAACUUUUCAUCUUACUUUAGUUCAGACAGCCUGAAAGAAGCCGAGCACACUCUCUUAAAUGCACCAGAACACACCAGACUACCUUGCAAUGUUGACUCAUCCUGGAGUACCUCCUCACCGCCUGGAUCUCAAACAGAAUUGCAUUUGCGCCAUCCAACGAAACUUCUCCGUAGAAAAGGGAUUGGUCAGACAUGCGCGUGCGCGUAGUUGCUCUGCAUCGUCGAUUCGUUGAAGUCCAACUCUUCGAUACUUUCGAAAGCCACUGCAUCCCCCGCAUCAACUUUGCCUUUACCGUGGACGGUAAAUCGAAGACAGUGUCCUUUGCGGCCCGCGUAUGCAACUACAUUUACUGGUUGUCAAGGUUUGACGUUAGCACGACCGUGUUCGACCUUCAAACGGAUCCCUUUGCUCACGGUCAAUUGUACACAGCGUUGUCGAGGGUGAGAACGCGAAGAGACACAUUGUGUCUGUUUGCAGAGGCGAAC